UUGAAUGGCUACUGAUAUUCUCAAUAGCAAAAUUAAAAAAAAAAAAGAAAAAAAAAAUCAAGAAAUGGAAAUUCAAGUUCAUUAUUCUCUUUCAUAUGCAAAGGCAAAUUCUUUAAUAUCACCAACCAUAUUUGCCCAUAGGCCUCUGAAUUUUGUGGGAUUUAAAAAUUGGCAGCACAGAAAGUUAGAAUCUAGUGAGAGAAAGUGGGAAUAUAGUGAGAGAAAGUUUGGUGGCAUAAUAAUAAGAGCUGCUGCUGGUGAAUCUGGAACUGCAGUUGUUGAUGCUUCUGUUAGAUGGAUUCUUCAGCCCAUAGGAGAUGGUGAUUUCAAGCACAUAGGCUACAAAACCGCCAUGCCUGGUGCAUUUGAAAUAGCUUCUGAUGUAGUAACUGUCGGACGCGUUCGUGAGAAAGCAGAUAUCGUGAUCUCCGUGCCUACCGUUUCUGGUUUGCAUGCUCGGAUUCGGAAGACGGAAGAGAAUCUCUUAAUUACGGAUUUAGAUAGCACAAACGGUACUUACAUCGACGAAAAACGGCUCCAGCCUGGAGUAGUUUCCGCCGCAUCCCCCGGAAAUCUCAUUAUAUUCGGUGAUGCGAAUUUAGCGAUAUUCAGAGUCAGUAAGCUCGAGAAAGAGGAGGUCGGUGCCGAAGAAACGGAGGAAUCUGGUGCUGAGUUAGAAGAUAAGCCAAGCAGCAAAGUAGAAUGAUUGAUUCUAUCUACACAGGCUGUGAUAUAAGAACUUGUAGUAUUUAUUUUUUAAACCUCAUAUGAUUGAAGAUUUAUUAAAAAGGUCUUUAUUUUGAUUAAAUGCUGAAUAAAUUACAUUGUCAUCCAUUGAA